AUGCAGCGGUCCGACCUCGGCGGCGUGCCGGGAGUCUUGCUCUUCCGGACGGAGGUGCGCCCGAACGUGCGGCUCCAGGUCACGGUACCGCCGUGGAGCUUCAUGGGCGCAGACACCCGACCAGGCAGCCUGGCGGGCCCCCUGCAGCCCUACACCUUCUUGAUUGACACGGGGCCAGACCCACGCGUGCCACCUAUAAGGCCCUUCAUUCUGCCGGACGGACGUUUCCCCAGCAACCAGCAACGAUAUGUGCCUGCGAAUACCAACAUCACGCUCUACUUCAGCGAUGAGGUUCGUGCCGGUGCCGGCAACAUCUCCUUCUGCAUCAGUCUGGAGGAGGACGCGAACACGAGCUGCGUCCUUGGCAGCUUUGCGGACGGCCACGUUGCCACUUUGGACGUCUCUCACGCGGAGGUGCAACGGCGGAUCGUCACCUGGGCCUUGCCGCAGGACUUUGCUUUUGGGCAAGCGCUCCGCGUGGUGAUGCCAGAGGGCCUUUUUGUGUCCGCAAACACAGAGAUGACCAUGGAAGAGUAUACCGGAUACAGCUUUUCGAUCCAGGAGGGCGACAUAGUGCCGCCUCGCAUCAUUGCGGUGGAACCCACAGCGCGCCCGGACGGCCUGGUGAAGCUGAUCUUCUCCGAGGCGGUGCUCUUCGAGGGCGCGUUCGGGCGCCAAGGAUCGCUGGCUUUGGAGGAAGAAUCAUCUCAGGCGAUGGUGCGCUUCGAUGCCACUGUGGAGGGAGCUGUGGUGAAGCUUCAUGGGCCCUUCAAGACAGGCGAAAGCUACAGGCUGCGGCAGACCGCUGAACUCAUGGACUUGGUGGGGAAUCGCGCCAUCACCGUGCCUGUGGAGCCGGACGGUUUCAGCAUCAGCGAGGACGUGCGCGGCCCUGAGGCACGCUUGCCGAUGCUGCGGGAGGUGCACAUGCACGAUACCUUCUUCAUAGAGUUCGACGAGGCCGUGGUGCCGUCCAGCACCUUGCGCCUGGUGUCGAAGCCUCCGGUCUCCUGCGGCCCGGCGUGCGGCAGGAUCCAGGUCCUGCUGGAGGCUUCUGCGGCGCAGCUGCCCACCGCCACCUUCGAGCGCUUGGGCCGAAGGAUCAGCCUGGUGCAGGUGGAGCCCCCCGAGCCCUUACUGCCAGGUGUGGAGUACGAGCUCACAGUGCCCGCUUCCUUUGUGGAGGACGCCGUGGGCAACCCUUCGGCGCACACCUCGAUGCAGAGCUACUUGGUGCGGCUCACGCGGGACCUGACGCCGCCCAAGUUGAUGGCCGUGACUCUGGAUGGUCAAGGCGCGCCCAUGAGCGACUUCCACCAGGAUGAGGGGGGGGAAGGGCUGCACCUCUACUUCUCCGAGGCCCUGCGGCCUCUCGCGUCGGGCACCGCCCUGCAACUGGCGCCCAGUGACGGCGCCGGCCGCUGCAGUGACGGCGCCAGCCGCUGCCUGACGAACUGCACAAUGCCUUGCGGCUAUAUGCCGGCGGAGCAUGGCUUAUCCAUCAAGUCUGCAGACGUGGAGAUCAGGGGAGCCGUGGCGAUGGUGCGGAAGGCUCACUUGCCCUUCUUGGAGUUCGGGCGCGGGUACAGGCUGGAGCUGAACGCCCAGCUCUUCUUCGACCUCGCCGGCAACCCCGCGGAGCCGGGCGACGGCGAGCUGGUCUUCCGGGUGGCUUUGGCCAAGGACCAGUACAGCGACCGCGAGCUCCAGCUGCUGGCAACCUGGCCAUCAGACGGGGCCACCGAGGUGCCCAUGACCACUAGCUUGCAGCUCCAAUUCGACGUGCCAGUGCAGGCCGGCCCGGGAGCCAUCGUCCUCAUUGAGGAAGCACCAGCUAUGCCAAGGAUUCCCAGGACGAUGCUGGACAACUCCACGGACGGCGGCAGCGGCAAUCAAAGUGCCGAUCCCAUGGCAAGGGUGCUGCGCGAGGAGUUGGAGGGCUACAAUGACAGCGAUCUCUCCAACGAGACCAAUGCCACGGAGAUGCCCUUGCCCUUUGACCCGGACAGCCCAGGGGCCAUCCACGUUCCGAGCUCCAGCUGCUUCAUUUGGCACGCCACUGUCACCUGCACGUUGCCGGCUUUGAUGCGGGGCAGGGCCUACAGCGUCCAUUACACGCACGGUGCCUUUCGGGAGGAGGGCGGCCUGGUGAAGGCGGGCCCCAGAAACCCCGCGCCGGCUUUCAGAGUCAUCGACGACAGGCACAUCAUGUUUCCCCACAUCCUGAGCCUGACACCUGCACUUAUGGAGCCCAGUGACGCGAGGCGUCUCGACACCUUCGCCCUGGCUCCGAAGCCCAUGUGGUACGCGCCCAGAGGGGCCAUCUUGGCCCUGGAGUUCAGCGUGCCCGUCCAGUUGGGCCCGGGGCUCCUGAACUUGGUGGACUGCUCCCCGGGCAACUCCUCCAGGUGCUACGACGGCGUGCAAGAAAUGAUACCUGAUGAAGAGGUCAUGAGCAUCGAGGUGUCCUCCAGCAAGGACAUCCUGCUGGAUGGAUCGCGCGCGCUGCUGGUGAGCUCGGGCCUGCGGGAGGGCCAUCUGCACGCUCUGCAGCUGAGUACCUUGGGGGUCUUCCGAGACGAGGAGGGCAGCCCCUUGUUGCCGCACGCCGGAUGGGAGUUCUGGGUCCAGCCAGACGACAGCCGAACCCCGGAAAUCUUCAUGCAGGCGCCAGAGCACGGCGGUGAAGCAGCCACCAACAGCAACAUCACCCUGUUCUUCAGCGAGGCUUUGCAGGCAGACAUGGCGGGUGUCAUCAACAUCAGCGACGGCCUGCAGGACGAGAUCAUCAUGAUCUCCACGCCCAGCUCCAGUAAGGGCGAGGGCUAUGUCUUGGUGCAUGGUGCCGUGGUCAUCAUCAACCCUUCCCUCGACUUCGGCUAUGGGCGCAUGGUAACGGUGAACUUUGAGCCCGGCGUGUUCCGAGACCUUGCCGGCAACUUGUUCCCUGGGCUGUCGGGAGAGUACUACUUCUACACCGCGCCAUCUCAGUUUGCCCUGGCGGCCCCCUACGUGCGCUACCCGAGCUUCCGCAGUCCCCGGUUCACACCCCGAGAGGGCGCCAUGCUGCACUUUGUGAACGACACCUUGAUCCUCUAUGGGGGCAUCUCCAACGGCGUGUGCCUGGCUGACACCUGGGUCUCCAGGACUGGGGCGGAGUGGACGCAGGUGACGGGGGUGAUCUCGGACCACAACCGGCUGGUGCCCUUGGUGUCCCACUCCCCCACUUCUGUGGAUGGGAAUGGGUGCAUUUGGCUCCUGGGGGGGCGCUGUAACUCUGAUGCUGGCACCCUGUGGAAGACGUGCGACAUCGGCAGAUCCUGGUCCCACGUGCCCAGACCCACGCCCAUCCCCUUCGGCCAAGAGGUGCCGCCCAAGUUCCCCGACGCCUUCCGGGAUCACGCCAUGACCGUGCUGGGAGGCUGGCAGCUCAUCGUGGUGGACGCCUCCCCCGGCACCAGUGAAGCAGUCUGGAGGUUCAACUCGCCUGCUGCAGAUCACGUGCAACGAGUGUCAGGCGGUUCAGCAGACGCCGUCAGUCGGAAGGGGCCGCUGCCCUUCGGCCUGCGGCGCGGGCCGAAGCUCAUGGCCACCUCUCAGGGCGGCCUCUUCUUGGUGGGCGGCAAUCUUUGCCCAGCCAACGGAGGAAAUUGCAGCUUCAAUGAUGUUUGGUACAGUCCUGAUGUCGGCGUAACCUGGCACUGCAAGACCAAGAACUACGGCGCGAAGACCUUGCCGGCCACGUGGCAGGGCAUCGGCGAAGGCUUCGCCGCCGCUUUGACGCAGGAUGACACCAUCUUCCUGAUGGCGGGAGAAGUGCCUGGCGAUCAGGAGUCUGCCCUGGCCGAAACCCUCGAGUCCUUUACAGGCUUAGAGGACAUUUACCUGUCGCAGCCCUACAUGGUACUUCCCGGCUCCGUCAGCUUGGGCGCUUCCCCGGCGCGGCCUGACGCCAACUUCACCAUCCUCUUCUCGGAGAGGAGCUGA